AUGUCGGACUCUAAUAAAGAACUGGUGGAUCUGGUGUGGGGGGAGAAGAAUGGUAAAGGCUUGGUGGACUCUAUAUUCAGCCGCUGGACACAAGGGUUUGUGUUCAGUGACUCGGAACCUACAGCUCUGGAACAGUUUGAAGGAGGCCCGUGUGCUGUGAUUGCACCUGUACAGGCUUUUUUAUUAAAGAAUCAACUAUUUGCUUCUGAGAAGCCUAACUGGAGAAACUGCCAAGAAGAUGAGCAGAAAGGCAUCUUAUGUCAGACGCUGUGUGACAUUCUGGAAAUGGCCAGCACAAUCAAUUCCAACUCCUACUGCCUGGCCUCAUGGCAGAAAGGAAAAGUCGCCCCGGAGCCUGAGAGGGAGCUUUCUGCAGAAACGAGCCAACCUGAAGAGACGCCAACUGCGUUGGCUGCAGAGGAGCUUGGCUUUGAAAGAUUUCAUGCGUUAAUUCAAAAAAGAACUUUUCGAAAUUUUAGUGAGCUGAAGGGAGCUUUAUGGGAUGAAUACUUAACUUGGCAGAACAAGUUCGGUGUGCUGCUGUUCUUGUACUCUGUCAUCCUCACCAAGGGUAUUGAAAAUGUGAAGAAUGAAAUAGAAGAUGCAGAUGAGCCAUUGAUAGACCCAGUAUAUGGGCAUGGCAGCCAAAGUUUGAUUAAUCUUCUGCUGACAGGACACGCCGUUUCCAAUGUGUGGGAUGGAGAUCGAGAGUGUUCAGGGAUGAAGCUGCUCGGUAUCCACAGUCAGGCACAUGUUGGUUUUCUCACACUGAUGGAGUCUCUCCGAUACUGCAAGGUAGGCGGUUUCCUGAAGUCUCCAAAGUACCCGAUCUGGGUGAUUGGUAGCGAAACGCAUCUUACAGUGUUCUUCACCAAGGUGAGAUAUUUUAUAUCUGUCAUUGGGAAUAUCUGUUUUCAUGAACUUGUAUAA